ACGAGCAUAAAGGAUUCUCCAACAAGCCCAGCUUACCACUGCUGAUGUCGCGAAUUACGCGCCCCCUCACUGGCACAGUGAUUAGCUGAACAACACCUUUUGCUUUGCUUCUUUCCCCAGAACUUGAGAUCAAUACUUUUGAAUAAAAGAAAACAGGAAAGGAGUCCCCGGCGGCAGCUGCCUUCUCCUCAAAGGCGUGAGGUAGCAAUGGCCGGACGAAAUCAUCCUUACUCAAGACAACAGCAUCGUCGUUCUUCAAUUGACGGACCCCGAGUUCUCCACCAAGGCCUUCAGCGACCUCACCCUGCCGCUCUAAUCGAGGCCCAACAGCGGGAGAUCCAAGCUCUCCUCCUCGACAACCAGCGCUUGGCCGCCACCCACGUGGCACUCAAGCAGGAGUUGGCCGUCGCCGACCAGGAGCUCCGCCACCUCUCUUCCACAGCCGUCAGCGUCAAGGCCAAUACCGAUGCGGUGCACGAGGUUUACGAGAGGUCGCUCAAAACCGAGGCGGAGCUCCGCUCGAUUGAUGAACUCGGUGCUGAUUUGUCUCAGGUAAAAACUGAUAUUCAGAAAAUGACGGCCGACCGUAAAGAAUUCACGUCAAAGCUGCGUGAACUCAACGAAGAGCUCGUGUUGGCCCACUCUGAAUUGGACCAAUUGCCUGCGAUCCAAGAGGAAAUUCAGGCCAUGCGUCAGGAAAUAAAAAGAGGAAGGGCGGCUAUUGAAUAUGAGAAGAAGAUGCACGCCACUAACCUUGAACAGAGCCAGAUUAUAGAGAAAAAUAUGAUAUCUAUGGCUCAUGAAAUUGAAAAACUGCAUGCUGAGCUUGCAAAUGCAGAAAAGCGAGCAAGGGCAGCAGCUGCAGCAUCCACUGCAGCUACUCCAGCUCCUGGUUAUGCGUCUGUCUACUCUGAUGCUGUAUAUGGUGGGAACUUGUAUUCGGACCACUACCCAAUGCAGCAGGUUCAAGGUGGUAUUAAUGUCAGUACUCAGUACGGCCCUGGAGGAGUGCCUCAUGGAACUAGUGCGCCUUAUGACAUUCAAUGGUCAAAUGUACAUAGAUAGGUUGUUGCUGUAGAAUUUGUGAAGCUCAACUGAGAAAUUUUGCUUCAUUGGCUACCUACCCCGCAGAAAUUUGACCAGCUGUUUAGUGAGCUAAAAGAACAGUUUGGUUGAGUUAAAAGAGCGUCUAGACAGAAAUACAGAAUUAGGCGUGCAAUUUUAAAAACAUGUAAAGAGGAUUAGAAAUGUGAAAUUUUAAAAACUUACAAAGAGGUGCCUACAAGCCAUUGGAUUCACCCCAAUGGCUAGGGGAAGCCUCUUAGAAUC